AUAGACGCGAAGCAGCAAGCAAUGCUAGCACAACAGUUUAGAACUAUUGGAAGGAGAAAUAACUAUUUUGUGAGCAUGGGUGUGGAAUUUGGGAAAAGAGCAAACUUCUCUAGGAAAUCAUCAACUGCUGGGGUGUACCAUGGUAAUUCGCAAAAGCGAAUAUUUGAUCCGGCACCAAGACUCCGUAGAUAUGAAACAGAUAUAAACUUACAAACGGAGUUGAGUCCCGAAGCUGAUUUGCUCAAGAGUAGGUUAUUAGAAGGAAAACCCUUGAGUUUAGACACAUACUUGCAAAGUGAUCAUUUUAAUUUUGGUGAAAAGCAAGUCAGCUCAUUACAACUACUAGAAGAAUACAUGAAGUUAGUGUGGUCAAAAGAUAAACCUUUGGUAUCCAUAGACUGUGAGGCAUAUGAACACGCUCCAAAGAAGAUCACUGAAAUCGGGGUGUCUAUACUUGACCCAACAAAGUACAGUUUAUCGCCCCAAAUUCAAACUAUUCAUAUUGUCAUUAAAGAGCAUUUAUCUCUUCGGAAUGGAAAAUAUGUAGCUGAUAACAAGAAUAAAUUUAUGGGAGGAAUAUCCCAUGUAUUGUCAAUCAAAGAAGCAAACAAGAUGAUGCAAUUAUUGAGUCAAAAAUAUCUUGUUGAUAAGAAAGGGAUUUUAGUUGGUCAUCAUGUUGGAAGUGAUAUUGGGUUUUUGAAAUCACUUAAAAUUUCUCUUCCUGAGGAUAUUGACCAAAUUGAUACGUUAAAGCUUCACAAAAUCUCGAGAAAUAAAGGUGGCUCUUUACACAUGAUAUUGAAAGCAUUAGGUAUUCCAUAUGCUCAUCUUCAUAAUGCCGGAAAUGAUGCAUAUUAUACCUUAUUAGUAGCCCUUGCAUAUUGUGACCCUGUUGUUAGGUUAGAUAAGAAUUUGGAUGUUUUGUUAGAUGGUACAAAAACAGUACAAGUGCCAGUUGACCAUAAAGAUAAAGCUUUAUUUUACUCAGUUGACAGUGCUACUCAACUUAUGCAAGAUUUGUUUUAAAUAGAACAUAUACGAUAAAAUAUACCCACUUAAAUGUCUUAUCUUGGAUAUUAAUCAACUUUUUUUUUUGAUAGUUUUGGGUUAUACGGCAUUGUUGAGAGCGAGCAUUAUCUUUAAUUAAUUUCAAUU